CAUCGCCGCGCCUUUCGAUCUGUGUGCUGUGUGCGUAUCAUGGGUCGCUUGCUCAGCCUCUUCCUUGUUGCCCUGGCAGCAGUGGCAGCAACGCCAGCAUCAGCGUAUCCACCGCCGGCGGCCGGCGGGGGGAGGAUGUGGAUGGCCUGCAGGCCACCCGAUGGAAUCGAUGAACCGCUCCUAAGGGACGACAAGCCGACGGUAAGGGCAGGCAGGCGCCAAACAACCAAUACGCCCAUCCUGACAUAUUGACGUGGCUUGCGGUGUCUUGUUCAGGAAAUUGCGCUUGACGCGGUAGCUGGGAUGAGGAUGGGCAUUUGACCACGUGUCUGUCUGAUUGUCUGUGUGUCUGUGUGUAUGUUUCGCUUACAGUGCCAGAUUGCCAGACAGGGCUUGUGGCGGCAGAUGAGACCAACGGAAGGGCUACGCGUUAAUACGGUAGGUCUUUGCAUGCCGCAGGCGGAUAUGAGCUCGACACCACGAGCUCUAAUGUCUUUGUGUCUUUGUGUCUUUGUGUCUUUGUGUCUUUGUGUCUGGGUGUCGGUGUGUCGGUGUGUCGGUGUGUCGGUGUGUCGGUGUGUCUGUCUGUCUGUGCAGGGUCGGUUGGCUGCGAAACGGGCAUGGUGGUGGAAAGAGUCUUCACCGACAGAGUCUUCGACCGGGACGGCAUGGUCACCCGCAGCAGUCUGUCCCAAGUGGACAUCAUGCCCGAGCAGGAGCUGA